GACUUCGACAUGGAAGACCCCGGAUCCCCUCAUUCGCCGCACCCCGCUCUUCCCGAGCUCGAGGAUGAAGAUAUGCAGCCACCUUCGCCGGAGUCGCACGCUCCUUUGGUGGCUACCAUUUCUCCGUCCCUGCUCGGGGGCUCUCCCCCGCCCGAACGAGAAGGACUCGGUCUCUUUCUUCAGUCAUUCUCCAUCGACCCCCCUCUCGCGCGUUCGCCCUCUCCAACAGAAGACGAACUGCAGUUUAUCGAAGUCCAGCUCGACCCCGCGUCGACCGAUCUGCCCAACGAUGAGUUUCUCCAGCUCCGGGCGCUCCGGAAGAACGCGCUCCAGCAGGAGCGCGAGGCGCGCCGAGCCGAAUCGGAGCUCAGCGAACGCGUCACGGUCGCCGCAAGCGCGCUGCUACCGCCCGCCGAGGGAUCCUGCGGUGUUUCGCCGACGGACCUCGAUGUGGCGGAGAAGCGCGCGCGCAAGCGCGAGCUGCACGUCGCGAUGGACAUGCGCGCAGAGGCGCGGCGUGUACGCAAACUGCAGAAGCAGCGGAGCAAGGAGAUCGGUGCGCUGCUCGACCUCAAGAUGCAAACGCCGAUCUCGCCGAUGGAGGGCAUGCCCCCGCUCGUUGGCGGCGGCAAGGCGUGGACGCGGAGCAUCGCGCAUCUCAUCGCGCACAUGGUCCUGCGCAGACACGACCGCGCGCGCCCCCUCGAGAAUCGACCCCCACCCGACUCCUCCCUACGGAGAAAGUCGUCUUUGCAGUUCUCUGUCUCCGCUGAUGAUCUUCUGGCUCUGGGUACCGACGACGAGGGUCUGGGCGUCGACAUGGAUUGUGACAUGGAGGAGUGA